UGCGUACAAAUUUAAUCUUAUUUGUUUGUCAUUGCAAGUAUUUUAAUGCAAUUUGUUAAUUUAUUUAAAAUAGGUACAUGUGAAGAUUUUUUGGCAGUUUAUCUUGCAAGCGACUGAUCACCUUGCUCUCAUUUCUGCCUGACCUGUGUUGGCAAGGGAGAGUGCCCAAAUGAGCAAGAUAGCGCAGCAGAACAGUACUCCAGGAGUGAACGGAAUAAGUGUUAUUCAUACUCAGGCACAUGCCAGCGGCCUGCAGCAGGUUCCUCAGCUGGUGCCUGCUGGCCCCGGGGGAGGAGGCAAAGCCGUGCCUCCAAGCAAGCAGAGCAAAAAGAGUUCACCCAUGGAUCGAAAUAGUGACGAGUAUCGUCAGCGCAGAGAGAGGAACAACAUGGCUGUGAAAAAGAGCCGAUUGAAAAGCAAGCAGAAAGCACAAGACACACUGCAGAGAGUGAAUCAGCUCAAAGAAGAGAAUGAACGCUUGGAAGCAAAAAUUAAAUUGCUGACAAAAGAAUUAAGUGUACUGAAAGAUUUGUUUCUUGAGCACGCACACAAUCUUGCAGACAACGUGCAGCCCAUUAGCACUGAAAAUACGACAGCAAAUUCUGAUACUGCAGGACAGUAGACUUCACCCUUCCCAGACUUCACAGCUAUGGCUUGAACUUUAAAGGUGCGACCAACUACACCGCUCAAAUGUUCAUGGCUGGAUGUUGUCUUUUUCAUUAUUCAAAGAUCCAUUGGAGGUUAUUUUCUAGGAUCAGCACUGAAGAGUCAAUUAGCCGUGCCAUUUAAACGUAUGGCUUUAAAUGAGGUGCAUUUUUGUGGGAAUUGAAAAACAAUUUUUAAAAGAAUAUGGUAAAAUAAAAAACAUCCUGACUUCCCCAGAAAUACUUCUUUUUUAAGUAGACAAAAGGAGUGGGAAAUAGGAAGGUCAUACAGAAGGGUCUCAGUUAUAAUAGAUAAAAUUAAUUGGAUUUGGAAAAGUUGAAUUCCAUCUAUAUUAAUCAUUUGUGAUUUUAUUCUAAAUUCUAGGGCUGUAAAAACCGAUCAUUUUGUAAUCUGGAGCAAUUUUUGAUUAGGUAAAGGAACUCCAUCAUAUCUUAAAGCAACAUGCAGUUAAAUAGCUUAUAGAAAUAACAAAAAGUAGAGCAUAUUAGGAUUAUGAUUUAGGGAUACCUUUGGGUUAUUGGAUUGGUAUUUUAUAUCCUUAAAAACAAAACCUCAUUUAUGUACCGGAGUUGUAGUUUCUGCAGAUGCUAGUAAACUGAGUUGGCUUGUUUUGGGGUAUCAUUUUGACAGUCAAGUUAGUAAAUAAAAUGUCUUAACAGUUUGAUAACAUAAGCUACUGAUAAGGAUUUGAAAUAUUAAUUCAGCUGGUGGUUUCUUCUGUGUUCAAAAUAACUGCUAUAGGGCCGUGACUAAAUUUAUUAUGAAAAAAAUUGUGAAGUAACAUUUUGGUAUUAUUUAAUCUUAACUAAAUAAAUACUAGAAAAAUGUAUCAACUCCAUACCAUCUCCUAAAACAAGAGGUUAAGAAAACUUGAAAGUGUAAGGUUUUAACCUUUAAUUUAUUUUGCUUAAAUACAUCUGUUUAUGUUUUGGGAUUUUUUUUUUUUUUUUUUUGGUGACAAUUCUUUUAGUGGGCUGUUCUUCCAGACUUUAUGUACCACUGCUUCUGUUCAUUCAUUGUGUGCUUUUAUGUUCCAUAAAUUAUUUUAGAAAGAAAAUGCUGGUAAAACUCAGGAUAUUUACAUUUUUGUGGAGACAAAAAAAUGGCAAUCACUAAUGUAGGGCACCUGUAGAGUCUGCAUUAUAUCAGUGUUGGUAUUUUAGAUUGUUAACCUUAACUUACAACAUGAUUGUAGCUCAAGUCUGUUGGCUUCUGUAUAUUGUUUUGUGCCUGGGAUAGUGAUUAGACAGUCAGACCUGAUUACUUUUUAUUUGAAUGUGGUCAAUUCUGGCCACACUGCUGUUUCCUACUAGGACUUGGGGUAAUGUAACCAGAUUGUAACUCAUGUUGCACCCUGGGUUUGGUGGAAGUGUGCUGACUGUGCUGUUCUCCUGGGCAGAAGAUGCCGUAGUGUCCUGCGACUCGGCAAAGAUUUUUAGGGCUACAAGGUCCUUGUCAGUGUGGGAUUGGAGCCAGGUGUUGUUCCAUGAACUACUGCCUCAGAGGGCUAUUAAUUCCCAGUACAACCAAGAAAUGGUAGGUGUUUUUUUUUUUUUUGAGUUAGGGUCCAACAGCAGUUUACUUUGGAAUAUCGAUCUGCUCAUAGGGGUUAAUAGAUGUUCAAAACAGAAUCCUACUAAAUCCAACAGCUAAUUGAUAUUGUAUAAUUACUUGGAGAUGUCGUUAGGCCACUUGAAUCUUUAAAUAUCUAUAAUAGGUGUUAAAUUUUAGAUCCCUUGUUUUAAAAAAUCAGAUAUGGAUGUCCACAUGGGAUUUGUGGUUACCAAUGAUACGAACAGAGAAGCUGUAGGGAAAUCAUCAAGAGUGUGUACUCAGUGUUUCAAGUCAGAACAUAAGAUUGGGAGUUUUGAAAAAAACUGAUUCAUGCUUUACUCUUACCUAUGCAAAUCAGAAUUGAGCACAUGCAUAGAACAAAGAUGUUAAUCAUUGUCUUGACUAUUUUACUCAAGUGGUUUAAGAAUGGAAGUUAUUAGUUCGGUAGAUUUAGCUACCAAAAUUGAGAGUACAGAAAUUGAGAGAAAUUGAGUGUCGGGAGUAAGUUUAGAACUUUGGCAAUUGUAAAGUGACUCUUGUAACUUGUGAGUUUGUGAUUUAUGAACCAUUCGGAUUUGAUCUGCUUUGCAUCAGGGCCAGAGGUUAGGGAUUAUGCUGCACUGUAAGUUGCUAGCUGCAUCCGGGAUGGUGCCUUUUGACUGGCUGAGGCUGCAGAUGGUGAGGGGAGCAGCUCUUCCAGGAAGGCCCCUUUCAGUUGUUGGGAUGCCGGUUCAGAUGCGUUGGACAUUCUCACUGAGAAUUAGUAGGACUAUAAAAUGAGACACAAUUUAAAAAAUUCAGGUCAUGAGUAAAAUUCUCAAAUUUAUGUAAAAAGUAGAAGUAUGUACAAUUUGAUAUUAAAAGGAAACUGUAGCAGCUUUUGGUGUUUCUUAAUCCCCAUUAGAGGGCUGAAACUUUGUACCUGAACAACCCAUUUAGUACUCAGUGCUUUUUGAUGCCUUAGAAAUAGGAAAAAUAAUUUUUGUUUGACAAAAGGUAGGAAAGAGAAAGUCUGUUCUACAGCUAAUUAGAUCUGCCUCUCAGGAAAAAGUACUAACUUGUUCUUUUUUUGUUCCUGGCUUUCAGUUUGUGAGAUUACUCUAUUUUUUUAAUAUAAUUUUAUUUCUUUCAAUAAAUCCUAAAAUAAAAACUUUUUGGAACAAUGACUAUUUCAUUGUGGGUUUCUUUACAUUAGAUACCAAAAUGUACAUGUAAGCAGCUCUGAACAGCAUGUAAGCUUGGCUGUCUCCUGUUGCCUGGGGUGGGUGAUGCUUUUGUUCAAGUCUACAUUUCCCUUAGAGGAUAGGGAAGUAGUUUUCUCUAAAUGUGAAUGCAUUUUUAGUUAUAUUUUAAGUACGUGGUUUAAAAUGUAUACUAGAAUAGGGAAAGUGACACAUGAGGUCAGCUUAAUCAUCUCAUGUCUGAACACGUGGUUUCCAAAUCCUUAAAUCUUGAGGUAGAUGGUCAAAGUGAGGCCUUUCCCUUAAGAGUACAAUUUGUAGUAUGUAUGCUGUCUUCAGUUACAUGUUGUAUCCCAGGGGUGGGUUUGUAGAAAUGAAUUGGCUAAUGUAAAUAUUUUGAGUCCAAGAAGUCGAUCUGAAUUGUUUUAAGGAAAGAUGCCAUUAAGAUAACUUCAGUGAUUCUUCAGUUCUUUUCAUGCGUUGGGAGAUAAAUUUCUACUUGCUACAUCCUCAUGAAAAUUGCACAAUAAUUUCUAUGGAUAAUAUGUCUUGUUUCAUUUCUGUGAAUUAGUUGUAAUUUGGGAUCCAGUGACUUGGGAAAUUUUAUUCUCUGUGGA